UGUGCGGGCGCGGGGCGGACCCUCUUGGGCUGGAUGGAGCGUGCAGCAGCGGGGACGUGCAGUGGCCACAUGCCCGGGUUCCUACUGGCCCUUCAGACCCGGAGCCGAACUGAGGCGGCGCGGGCUCGGGUGCAGGAGCAGGACCUCAGGCAGUGGGGCCUGACAGGGAUUCGUCUACGUCCUUAUCAACUGGAGGGGGUCAACUGGCUAGCCCAGUGCUUCCAUUGUCAGAAUGGCUGCAUCCUGGGAGAUGAGAUGGGCCUGGGUAAGACCUGCCAGACUAUUGCUCUCUUCAUUUACUUGGCAGGAAGAUUAAAUGACGAAGGACCAUUUCUGAUUCUUUGCCCCUUGUCUGUUUUGAGCAACUGGACAGAAGAGAUGGAGAGAUUUGCUCCAGGGCUUUCCUGUGUAACAUACGCAGGUGACAAGGAGGAGAGAGCCCACCUACAGCAAGACCUGAAACAAGAGUCACGUUUUCAUGUGCUGCUAACUACCUAUGAGAUUUGCUUGAAAGACUCAUCAUUUCUAAAAUCCUUCCCUUGGAGUGUUCUUGUUGUGGAUGAAGCUCACAGGUUGAAAAACCAAAGCUCCUUGCUGCAUAAGACACUUUCAGAGGAAAUAACGUGUACUGAAAUCUGGUUAUCAGUAGUCUUCAGUCUCCUGUUGACCGGAACUCCCAUCCAGAAUAGCCUCCAAGAGCUCUACUCCCUCCUCAGUUUUGUGGAGCCUGAUGUCUUUCCCAAGGAGCAGGUGGGAGAUUUUGUUCAGCGUUACCAGGAUAUUGAGAAAGAGUCCGAGUCAGCAAAUGAACUACACAAGCUCUUGCAGCCAUUUCUGCUGAGGCGAGUGAAAGCCGAGGUAGCUACAGAGCUUCCCAAGAAGACAGAGGUGGUGAUAUACCAUGGCCUGUCAGCAUUGCAGAAAAAAUACUACAAGGCCAUUCUGAUGAAAGACCUAGCUGCAUUUGAAAAUGAGACAGCAAAGAAAGUUAAACUUCAGAAUGUCUUGUCCCAGCUUCGGAAGUGUGUGGAUCACCCGUAUUUGUUUGAUGGUGUGGAACCAGAGCCUUUUGAAAUUGGAGACCACCUGAUCGAGGCCAGUGGGAAACUUCAUCUACUGGAUAAGCUCCUGGCAUUCCUGUAUUCCAGGGGCCAUCGAGUUUUACUUUUCUCCCAGAUGACCCAGAUGUUGGAUAUUCUCCAAGACUACAUGGACUACAGAGGGUACAGCUAUGAGCGCGUGGAUGGUUCUGUGAGAGGAGAAGAGAGACACCUGGCCAUUAAGAACUUUGGACAGCAGCCUAUUUUUAUUUUUCUCCUGAGUACCAGGGCAGGUGGAGUGGGCAUGAACUUAACAGCUGCAGAUACUGUUAUUUUUGUUGACAGUGAUUUCAAUCCGCAGAACGACUUACAGGCAGCUGCCAGAGCUCACCGGAUCGGCCAGAACAAGUCUGUUAAAGUUAUUCGGCUGAUCAGCCGAGACACUGUGGAGGAAAUAGUCUGUAGGAAAGCGGCCUCCAAACUCCAGCUCACCAGCACAGUCAUAGAGGGAGGCCAUUUUACUUUGGGGGCCCGGAAAUCUGCAGCCGAUGCUGACCUCCAGUUGAGUGAGAUACUCAAAUUUGGUUUGGAUAAACUGCUGUCAUCUGAGGGGAGCACCGUGGAUGAGAUAGACCUGGAGACGAUCCUGGGAGAAACAAAAAACGGCCAGUGGAUCUCUGACACCUUGCCUACAGCAGAAGAAGGAAUCCGGGAGCAGGAGGAAGGCAAAAACCAUAUGUACUUAUUUGAAGGUAAAGAUUAUUCCAAGGAACCUAGUAAAGAAGACAGAAAAUCUUUUGAGCAACUGGUGAACCUUCAGAAAACCCUUUUGGAGAAAACAACUCAAGAGGGCCGAUUACUCCGAAAUAAAGGCAGUGUUCUCCUCCCAGGCCUUACAGAGGGGUCUGCCAAAAGGAAGCGGAUUCUGAGCCCAGAGGAAGUGGAGGACAGAAGGAAGAAGAGACAAGAGGCAGCAGCCAAGAGAAAGAGACUAGUGGAAGAGAAGAAGAGGAAAAAGGAAGAAGCAGAACAUGAAAAAAAGAUGGCCUGGUGGGAGUCCAGCAAUUACCAGUCCUUCUGCCUGCCUUCUGAGGACAGUGAACCGGAGGACCUAGAAGGCAGGGAAGAUGAGGAGAGCUCUGCCCAGCUGGAUUAUGAAGAUCCAGAGUCAACGGCCAUCAAGUAUGUUAGCGGUGAUGUCACCCACCCGCAGGCUGGGGCGGAGGAUGCGGUCAUCGUUCACUGCGUCGAUGACUCUGGCCGCUGGGGCAGAGGUGGUUUAUUCACGGCUUUGGAAACACGAUCCGCCGAGCCAAGAAAAAUAUACGAGCUGGCUGGGAAAAUGAAAGACUUGAAUUUGGGAGGUGUCCUUUUAUUUCCUAUUGAUGAUAAAGAGUCAAGAAACAAAGGCCAAGAUUUGUUGGCCUUGAUUGUGGCUCAGCACCGUGAUCGCUCCAAUAUCCUGUCUGGCAUUAAGAUGGCAGCCCUGGAAGAGGGCCUGAAGAAGAUCUAUUUAGCAGCAAAGAAAAAGAAAGCAAGUGUUCAUCUUCCACGCAUUGGACAUGCCACAAAAGAUUUUAACUGGUAUGGUACCGAGCGACUUAUUCGGAAACACUUGGCCGCAAAAGGCAUCCCAACUUACAUAUAUUACUUUCCUAGAAGCAAAGCUGCAACUUUUCAUUCACAGUCCUCUUCUUCCUCAGGACAGCCAGUGCCUUAACAGUUGGCCAGCGUCAGGUCCAGCUAUUUAACAAGCAGUUGAGAUCUUUGCCCAGAGCUACUGAUUUAGAGCAUUUCAAAAAAGGAGUCCAGACCUGGUGGGUCUCUGAGAUACUGUGUGUUCUGAUACCUUGUUUUGUUCUCCAGGAUGUUACUCUGAUUUGGUACCUGUAAUACAGGGAGGCAAAACUUAAUCUGGAAAGUUCCCUGGCAGUUUGCCAGGGCUCCAGUGUGCAUAGCUGUUUGCAUAAUAAUAAAUUUUCUAUCUCUAAUUA